GCCCCAAAGUCCUUCAACCCAAAACUAAAUUAAUUAAUGAGAAUUUGAAAUUAUUACAGUUAAGAUGAUUGGUCCAAUUUAACAAUUUUGGGAAAAUGAAUCCUACAUCAGACUCCACUUCUGUAUAUUAUAUAUAACAAGUUAGAAGAAUGAAGAAUCAAGGGGGGUGAUAAACCUAAAACAGAAUGAUUUGAACUUUCCAUAACUAAUGCAACUCCAACAACUUCACCACCUUCGAAGCCUCACACCCACUCCAUGUUUAUUCUUUCAUAUGGCUUUCUAUUUAAAGAGAAAGGUGCACAGCCACUUGCAUGCUCAUCCCAAUACCUAAUAAUUCAUAUCCCAACUGUUACAAAUCUCCCAAGAACACCCAAAUACGAAAAUCACAGGAUGUUCAAGCUGCCGUCGCCGUCUUUUUUCAUUGCAGUGUUGAUAGCUUCUGUACACAUAGCAAUAUAUGUGGCAGCUAUUGACCCUGCCCCGGUUGGUGGAGAGCAUGUUCUUGAGCUGUACAUGCAUGACAUUCUUGGAGGCGGUAACCCCACGGUGAGACCGGUAACUGGCCUGCUAGGAAACAUAUAUAGUGGCCAAGUACCCUUUGCGAAGCCGGUAGGAUUUAAAAUCCCAGAUGAUUCAGUAGCAAUCCCCAAUGCUAAUGGUGCUCUUCCAACUGUUAACGGUAACAAUGGUAUUCCACUAGGAACUGGUCUGGCUGGUACAACUUUUGCAGGGAAUCCUAAUGGUCAGAACAACGGUCAAGUUCAAACCCAACUGGGACCGGAUGGUUUGGGUCUAGGUUUUGGAACAAUCACUGUCAUUGAUGACAUUUUGACCACUAGCCCCGAGCUUGGUUCACAGCAACUGGGAAAAGCUCAAGGAGUUUACGUGGCUAGUUCUGCAGAUGGAAGCACACAGAUGAUGGCAUUUACAGCCAUCUUUGAAGGAGGAGAAUUCGGGGACAGCCUCAACUUCUAUGGUAUAUACAAGAUUGGAAGUGCAAUGUCACAUUUAUCUGUAACUGGAGGAACAGGCAAGUUUAAGAAUGCUGUCGGAGUUGCCGAACUGCGAGGACUCAUUCCAUCUGGCCAGCAUACCAUCGAUGGUAUAGAAAUAUUAUUGAGGAUAAUUGUCCAUCUAAAAUACUAGGAAUGUUACUUGAUUGAAUGUGGAAUUGUUUGUGUGAAAGUUUUAAUGUGGUCAAGGUUUGCAAUUUCUUUUUAUUAAUGUAUCUGUUUGUGCUGCCAGAUGUAUUAGAACUGUGAUGCAAUAUAUCAAUCGAUCCCUCGACUUUUUGAUUUCUCUAAAAGAAUA